GCAUUACCUGGGAACUUAGCGGAAAUGCAGAACCUCAGGCCCUGGCCCAGCCUUACGGAACCAAAAGCUACAUGGAACAAGGUCCCAGCAAAGCAUCUCGCCUGUGACUUUGAGUCGGGUUUCUGCGGUUGGGAGCCAUUUCUCACAGAAGAUUCACACUGGAAGCUGAUGAAAGGAUUGAAUAAUGGAGAGCACCACUUUCCUGCAGCUGAUCACACAGCAAACAUAAAUCAUGGAUCGUUUAUUUAUUUCGAGGCACAGCGCUCCCCCGGGGUGGCCAAGCUUGGAAGUCCUGUUCUUACAAAAUUGCUCACUGCCUCUACCCCAUGUCAGGUGCAGUUUUGGUAUCAUUUGUCUCAACAUUCAAAUCUCUCAGUUUUUACAAGAACGUCUCUAGAUGGAAACUUGCAAAAGCAAGGCAAAAUAAUCAGAUUCUCCGAAUCUCAGUGGAGCCACGCAAAAAUUGAUCUCAUUGCAGAAGCGGGAGAAUCUACUCUACCUUUUCAGUUAAUUUUGGAAGCUACUGUUUUGUCAUCAAAUGCUACCGUUGCUCUAGAUGACGUCAGUGUGUCCCAGGAAUGUGAAAUUUCCUAUAAAUCACUACCAAGGACCAGUACACAAAGCAAGUGUAAGUUUUCCCUUGUCGUUGUUGCUGUUUUAAACAUUGAAUUAAGCUCUUCUCAGUAUCAAAAUAUAAAAUGUAUUAGAGUCACGAAUACCUAAUACAGGGUGUGGAUUAUAUCACU